AGGCUCCAAAGUUUGAAGACAGGUGUGUACAAACAGAGGCUAUAUGUCAGGAAUUAGGGGCUGCAUCUCAGGCAAUUGAGGCUACAAAAUGUGAGGACAGGUGUGUACAAACAGAGGCUACAUGUCAGGAAUUAGGGGCUGCAUCUCAGGCAAUUGGUGCUCCAAAGUGUGAGGACAGGUGUGUACAAACAGAGGCUACAUGUCAGGAAUUAGGGGCUACAUCUCAGGCAAUUGGGGCUCCAAAGUUUGAGGACAGGUGUGUACAAACAGAGGCUAUAUGUCAGGAAUUAGGGGCUGCAUCUCAGGCAAUUGAGUCUCUAAAACUGAAUGGGGAGUAUCUCCAAAGAGCAGCAAAGAAGUUAGGGGGCAACUGGCAGCAAGCAGGACGUUUUCUAGGAGUUCCAGCAAUUGACCAGGAUAUUAUCAAGAACGAUUUCCCUUGUGACACAGUAAAACAGAGUUAUCAAAUGCUUUGUGAGUGGUUUAUAAAUUGUAAACCAGAGGAACGUACAGUUGAGACCCUCAGAAAAGCCCUUAAAGAUGCUGAGUGCUUUGCUGCCCUUGAGUAUCUCUCAUUAUAUGAACGGUGAAUUUCUGUGUAAAUUCUACUGUUGUUUACUCCCAGGUGAAUGCUGACCAAAGAGAGAGACCUUUGACCAAAGUAUAGAGAACCAAGAACCACAUUCUCCAAUUUGUCCUCCUUUACAAUGAUGAGGUGUGGAGUGCAGUGGAUUUAGCUACUAAUUCUAGCAGAUCUAUCUCUCACAUAAGAGAUACCCUUCACUGGUUUGGUUCCUUUGUUAGAAAUUAGCUUUUGAAAUAAAGAUAAACUUUGAAAUAUC